CUUUGCUCUGUGCUCUGCUCCAGUUUGUGUCUGCAAAAUGUGUAGUCAUGGCUCAUUUUGAGUUCAAGCGUUUGGACUUCAUCCUGACGAUUGUGGGGCUGCUGGCUCUGGUGGUGGACAUUAUCCUGGACAUAUUCACGGCGAUCAGGUUUUACACAGACCAGGAUUACGUUCGUUUGGGUAUAUUUAUCUUUUUCCUGGUAGCUUCAUCUCUCCUGGUGCAGGCCUAUAGCUGGCUCUGGUAUGAAUAUGAUGAGUUUAAGAUGGUCACAAACGUGGAGAAGGUCCCCAGCAAAAAGUCUCUCAAGAUCCUCCAUUUUCUGCAGCUCGGGACGUACCUCAGACACAUGGGUGUGAUGGAGACUGCGAUCUGUAAGUACCUGCAGCUGAAGGGGGUAGAGGGGAUGGGGCCUGACCUUGGCGACGCCGCGGUCUGUUUGAGUCAUGAUGUUGCGAUGCUUCGGAUCGUAGAAGCCUUCUCAGAGUCUCUGCCUCAACUUGCACUCAUGGUCACAACCAACAUCCAGAAGAAACAGCAGCAGCAGGCCUUACCAGUUAUUAAAGCCAUCGCUUCAGCCUUCUUCGCCUCCAUGACCGUGAUGUCCUACCAUCGCUCGCUGCGUUCGUUCUUGAAGGACAAACAAAAACAGACAUUUUGUUCAUCUGUGGUCUACUUGUCCUGGAAUUUUCUCUUGAUCUCCGCCCGGGUCGCCGCUCUGGCCCUGUUCUCCUCAGAGCUCCCCUGCUACAUCUGCAUACACUUCCUCUGCUCCUGGUUUGUACUUCUAAUUUGCGUGUGGUGCUGCCAAACCAACUUCAUGAACAGUAAAGAAGGAGAGGUUUUGUACCGUGGGACUGUGGCUCUCAUCUGGUACUUCAACUGGUUUAACGUAGUCAAAGGAAAUACUUUGUGGAAGACAAUUCUCUAUCACGGAUACAUUUUGGCCGAUAUAACACUUCUCUGUGGGUUGUGGUUUUGGAAAAUUAAUUCUAAAGAUCUAAAGAACUUCAACUACUUGCAUUUACUUGCAUAUGUCCUUAUUUUUUUUGUUUACAUAUUGGGGCUUGUAGUUAAGUCCAUCUACUAUCACUGUUUUCAUCCUAAAGUAACUCCAGCAGACUUUAAAUCUGAAGAUGAAACUGUAGACACAGUACUUGAAGAUUCUUCUACAGAAAGGGUCCCAGAUGAGCCUGAUGAGCCUGGAUUUAGAAGGAUAAUCACACAAUUGGACAGUGGGCGGGCUAUGAGGAGAGGAUCAGGAGACAAAGUGAACAACAGAAUGAAGAAAUUGGCUGAACAUUUCUACUCCUGAUUGGUCCUUAUGAAGUAAAUUAUAAUUUCAAGGUAUUUUGCUCAUGUAUUGCUCACAUACAUAAAAUUUGUGCUACAAUGUUGAAUGGGUUAAAUGUGAAUGUGUGUGUUUUUGCCAAGAUCUGAGUUUAAGGGUCACUCACUCUGAUGGUGGUGACCUUGUGAGGCAGAGUUGUCCCAGGGCAGACUGACAAAAAGGUGGCUGUGAAACCUUACCAACGAUGUUUCCAACCAGCCGGUUUAAUCCUGGUUUAGACCUGCUUUAGUUCAGUUUAUUCCUGGUUUUGAUCUGGUUUAGUCCUAGUUUAGUCUUCAUUAGCCAUGCUUUUUGGAUGCAGUUUAGUCCUUGGUUAGUCCUACUUUAGACUCAGUUUUCCCUGGUUUAAUCCUGGUUUAGACCUGAUUUAGUCUUGGUUUAGACCUGAUUUAGUCCAGUUUAGUCCUGGUUUUGAUCUGGUUUAGUUCUAGUUUAGUCUUCAUUAGCCAUGCUUUUUGGACGCAGUUUAGCACUUGGUUAGUCUUACUUUAGACCCGUGUUUGACAUGGUUUAGUCUUGGUUUUGACCUUGUUCAGCCCUGGUUUACUUCUCAUUUAGUCCCGGUUUAGUCCACUAAACUAAUCUGUUUAUAGAAGUGAAAGAGGACAUUGGGAGUAGACUUGGACUCCUGACCAGUCACACUGCAGUGACCCAGUGACUCGGGGUAUUAGGUUUAACACAAACUAAAAGAGGAAAUUGUUUGAAAUAUAAUAUUAGUUUUACACAAGCGCUUUUAAAAAUAUGACUACUUAAAGGCCAUGUGGGUUAUAUUCAUAUAGCAAUGCAGCAUGCCCCUAGUUUAACCUGAGCUUGGGACAUAUCAGAAUUCUCAGGUGGAAUUUGAUGUUUAACUCUCAGAUUGCAGACUUGUCCUGGUUUAUGGUUAAUACCUCUGCAAUUCCUGGGCCUAUCCACAUGAGCCAAUCUCAAUCAAAUAAUGAGAAGGUUCAACAUUUGUGGAUCAUACGCUUGGACUUGUCUUUCGAAAACAAUGAAUCUCUCAUAGAGUCACAUAGGGCCCUAAUUUUAGAAUUAGAACUAUUUGUUGUCACAAAUGUGGGCUUUGGUCAAAAUUAGACAAUAUUAUGGUGCAAAAUGUAUGGUAAAAACUGCACAUCCUUGGAGCUGGUUUAUGUUUAAUAUCUCUAUAAUUACAAUAAUGAGUUUGAGGAGCCAAUCUCUUGCAAUAUUGGUACUCUUCUUCCAUAGGGUAAUAUAUUUUUGAGCUGGAAUCGCAUCAUCAACCUGUGGGUCAGAGGAUCUGACCAUUCUACUAAUAAUGAAUGACUGUUGCCUUUGUGCAGCAUUUUGCUUUACAAAUAAAUGUGACUUGACUUGACUAAUGAAGUUUAUGUCUCUAGUGGGAUUGGAACCGCCAACCUUUGGAUCAGUGGACAAACUCUCACUGACACUCGCACUAAGUGAGCUACUGUCACCCCCAAAUAAGUCAUGAUGUGAAUAUUUAUAAUGUAAUGUAUUUCUGGCUUUGUUUGAAUUUUGCACAGCAGUAUGAAGUUAAAUAUUAUCAAGUAUUUCAUUUGUAUAUUUCAGUUUCUUUUAUUUAAGAAGACUGGAAAGAGUCCACACAGAAACUAGCACAUAUUUUAGUUUCCCUGCAUCAAAUGUUUACUUUAUAUUUUGUUAAAGCAACACUGUAACCUUUUGGUCAUGGAAACAUCACCUGCAUGACUCCAGGAAAAUUAAAACUAUACUUAGGGACAUUCUCCAUGGAGAUACUUACUUAUUUCUCCCUAUGGACAAUAUGGGCUAUUAAAGCCAAAGGCACAUUUCCAUGGAAACAAGCAGGAAGGCGCCCUCUAACAGGCAAAGUAAAAGUCAGGUUUGUGGAGAUGCAAAUCAGCUCAGAAUAAAGUGUGUUUUCCUUUAUUCUUCAAUACAAUAUAAACAAACCAAAAUUUAAAAAAAAGUCUACCUUUUGUAUAAAAGCUGCGUGCUUCGGAUUUAACUGAAUGCCUUUCAGUUUUGUUCAUUAUACUAUGUUCGAAAUGCAUUAAACUGGAACUUAAAGUGGAA